GGGCGCGUGGAGCGGACGGGCGGCUGGCUGGCUGAGGCUCCCUGGCUCCGGCAUCACUUGGCCGCGCUGAUCGCUGCCUUGCCUCUCCGCGACCUCAUACCAACCCAAGCCAACCACCCCUGGUCCCUCGCGUGUCGCCAGAUAUGUUGGCUCGAUUUGACUCUCCGUGCGGGUGUGUUCAAGAUAAAUGGUUACCGAGCGCUGAGAGGGACUUUUAUGAACUCUGAGAGAUAACUUACGCCUGCACGAGAGGCUGGAGAGGAAGAGGACGACAGCGCGGGUCUCCAUGCAAAUAAAGCUUGGGAUUUCGUUUCUGUUUCAUUUAUAUCUAAUUGCAUACAUAGGGUGAUGCUUGUUCGUAGCUGUGUAGAGUAAGGGACUACAUAGAGCGUUGGCAGACCCUCAGUUUCACUUGCAUAUGGCCGAGUAACUUAGUAACUUACUUUGAAAAAUAAAGGUUAAUAAUUUGAAGUUGAUUUGGCGCCGAGAACUGCACUUGACACUUGGGUAGAGAUACGAGUCUCUGCAGGACACGAUGCGACUGUAUAAGUAGAUAAAUAAAUGGACGACAACAGUAAUGACAAAAGAUUAAUAAACGAUGUGAGGGCAAAUAUUUGGUCCUGAGAUCGUGAAAAAAAAAGAAAAUAAAGUGGCACUGUUACCUGGAUAUACUAAACACCUGCGAGAAAAAGAGAGAAAUACUGAGUGUCGCCUGAAUAACAGUUUACUUCAAGCCCGAACAUUGUGUCCGCGUAUUUGAUGACCAAAAGAAAAGAACGUACAGGAAAUUUUCAACUGACUUCCAUCUACGAACAGGCUGCUUGAGUGACGAACUAAACCAAUCAUAACAUUAAAAAAAAGAGCAAAAAACUAAUAGAUAAAUACUAAUGCGGACUGAAUGAGGUUAUAAACAGUAGGUAGUUCUGAGGAUAAUCGGUCAGUACCAUCUGUCCACCUGUCACUCGCUAUCCCGCGCUGACGAGGAGCACAGACCACCACGUGUGAGUUGUCGCCGUCCCGCCAGGACUCGCCAUGCCGUGCCCGAGGAUUUACCCACAACACUCCGCUCGUCACCACCAGGAAGGGCGACACUGAGCGGCGCGGGCGUGAGCGAGCAGCGGCGGUGACAUGGUGGCGGCCGCUGAGGUGUGGGCGGUGGUGGCGGCAGUCGUGUGGGCGUUGGGCGUCGCUCAGCCUCCUACUGGAAACGGGCGGCGGCUGCGAGUUGAGGUCCCCCGGGUGGCUCGCGUGGGGGACAACGUGGAGCUGGAGUGCGCCUUUCCCUGGACGGAGCCGCGGGACCUUUACUCCAUCAAGUGGUGGCACGACAACGAUGAGUUCUACCAGUAUCCCAAGAACCCCAAGCCCAAGCUGAUUUUCAACCUCACCGGCAUCAGAGUGGACUCCGAGAAUUCCACGGAGUUCAAGGUGAUCCUGAAGAACGUGGGGCUGUCCUCCUCCGGCACCUUCACCUGCGAGGUUAUAUCGGAUGAUAAUUUUGAAACCUUCCAGAAAUCUGCCAACAUGACGGUCAUAGACCCGCCGGACCACGCCCUGGGCCAAACGGGACCUGAGAUCCAGGUGUCUGGGUGGGGCGGCACGGGGCCCGUGGAGGUGCAGGAGGGCCAGCAGGUGGAGGCUCAGUGCGUGGCUCGCGGCACCUACCCCCCCAUGCAGCUCACCUGGUACAUCAACGACACGGAGGUGCCCCAUCAGUACGUGUCGAAGCAGAGCCAGAGACAAGAGGACCUCAACACCUUCACGACGGUGGUGAGGCUGCAGCUGCCGGCCAGGGAGAGGUGGGACAACCAGGGUCGCCUUCGCCUUCGCUGUGAUGCUGAGAUUCCCGACCUGUACCGCGAGACUUCGGUUCUCGAGCUCCACAACCCGGUCUUCAGGAGGCUACAGCAGUCUGGCUACUUCUCUGCCGGUUGCAGUCUUAGCCAGUCCUCACUCGUGGUACUGGCGUGGGCGGCGGUGAUGGGGGUGAGGAUGAUGGAGGCGAUGAUUGGAGGAGCCGCCGCUUUCUGCUUCUCUCCACACCACAACUUAGCGCACUCCCGACCUCCGCCGCCUCGCUCUUAACACUUCCUGGCGGCGACGCGAAGAAGAGAGGGAGAGACACACACAUUUCACGUUACACACCUACGAGAAACACCUAAAAAAAAUCACACCACGUACGAGACACAUGGAGAGAGAGAGAGAGAGAGAGAGAGAGAGAGAGAGAGAGAGAGAGAGAGAGAGAGAGAGAGAGAGAGAGAGAGAGAGAGAGAGAGAGUAUGAAGGAAAUUAUCAAAAGGACAAGUGAUCAUUUUCAUCUAGUUUCCAUUUUUUUUUUUUUGUGUGUGUGUGAAUGAAUGAGAAAAGAAGAACAGCAACAAGAACAAGAAGAAGAAUAACAACAAGAAGUAUAAGAAGAAGAUAACGAAGAGUGAAUUAUUGAUGAGAAAAAGAAUAUGGGGAAAAAAAGGGAAUGACAUGGGGAAAGAAGCCGGAAAAUCGAGGUGUGAAAAUAUGCUGUAGAUAAGAACUCCCUAAUUAUGGCGCCUUUUUUCUCAAAGACUUUGGAAGGAUCUAAAUUUGUCUUCACAUUGUAGCGUAAAAUAUUUUGUGCGCCAGAGAGAGAGAGAGAGAGAGAGAGAGAGAGAGAGAGAAUGAUUAAACACUAUACAGUUUUUUUCUGGUGAGUGUGUGUGAGGAUGAAAGAAAUACACUCAAAGGAGAAAGUUGAACACAUUACAGCAGCAAAGAAAGACA